AUGUCGGUUUAUUCAUUGAAUCCUCGGGAUUCUGUUUCGCAAUCGGUCUCCAGGAGUACAAGUAGACGUCCAACGGCAAGACCAACCACAACGGCCACCAGUGUCGCAGCCCAGGACAUCAUCUGUGCCGUCAGUGAAUCGCGGGGCGUCUCGUCCACCAUUGGCCUCGCAUUUGUCAAUCUCGCAACAGCUGAAGCCGUGCUCUGUCAGAUAUGUGACAGCCAGACUUAUGUCAAAACAAUCAUCAAGAUUGGUGUAUUUGAACCUAGCGAGAUUCUGUUCAUGAACACUGCCAAAGAGUCGAAGCUCCGCUAUAUGAUCCAAGAGAAUCUGCCAGAUCCUAUCUUCACCUUCAUGGACCGCAGAUGGUGGUCAGAGCAGACAGGUCACGAGUAUGUAGAUCGACUGGCUUUUCCAGAGGAAGUGGACUCUCUUAAGGUGACUCUGGGCGGGAACUACUUCGCAGCGUGUUGCUUUGCCGCAGUCCUGAAGUAUGUUGAGGUCGAACUCCAGCGAUCUUUUACCACGCAUUCUCUUCGGAUACGGUUCGAGCCGUCUCAGGGAUCUAUGACAAUUGACUUGGCGACUAUUGUGUCCCUUGAACUUAUCCAGAACCUGCACAAUGCGAAAUCUAAAGAAAGCUUGUUUGGACUGUUGAACGAGACAUUGACGCCUAUGGGGGCCAGACUACUCCGAGCUAGCAUCUUACAGCCUUCAACAGAAAGAGUCAAAUUGACAGCCAGAUACAACGCUGUGGAAGAUCUGGCCACCAAAGAGGAUAUGUUUGUGUCUGUGAGGCAGGCUCUCAAGGGCUUUAUGGAUGCAGAUAAAGUGUUGACUGCGAUCAUCUUGGUUCCCACCAAGCGGACAAUCCAAUACGUUGAACAGUCCGUCAACAAUGUCAUCAUGCUCAAGACUUAUGUGUCUGCGAUCAAAAAUAUCUUCCAAGCGCUUGGAGCAGCGCAAAGUGAUUUGCUGCUUACCAUACGCGAAUUGUGCGCUCCUGAGGGGCAUCGUUCAAUUGAAGAGCUGAUUGUCAUGACAUUGAAUGAGCAUGUAGCCUAUCAGUCAAAGCCACUUGAUCUGAGGAACCAGCGCAUUUACUGUGUCAAGGCCGGUGUCAACAGUCUCCUCGAUGUUGCGAGACAUGCCUAUAAGGAGGCGAAUGCAGACGCCACUGAGCUGUGUGAUAUGGUCUUGGACUUGAAGUUUGACGCAGCCCGACAAUACUACAUCUGUAUCCCUGCUACAGAACCAGGUCCACUGCCGAAUAUUUUUAUCAACGUAUACCGCAAGCGAAACUGCGUCGAGUGCCAGACAUUGGAUUUGGUCAAACUAAAUCAAAAGAUCACCGAUUCCCACAGCGAGGUGAUCAACAUGAGCGACCAGACAAUCCAAGACCUGCUCCGAGACGUGUGCACCGAAGUAUCCGGGCUUUUUCGCGUCAGUGAAGCUAUCGCAAUGCUAGACAUGUUAGCGGCAUUCGCUCAGCUAGCAACAAAUCAUGAAUACAUCAGACCAGAGCUGACCGACACUCUCGCCAUCAAGGCGGGGCGUCAUCCGAUCCGAGAACAGAUUCACAGCAGCAAGUUUAUCCCAAAUGACGCAUAUGCAACACCGCAAACAAGAUUUCAGGUCAUCACAGGAUGCAACAUGAGCGGCAAGUCGACUUACAUCCGCACCCUAGCCCUGGUAACAGUCAUGGCGCAGAUAGGCUGCUUCAUCCCAGCCCAAUAUGCCUCGUUCCCAAUCUCACAUCAGCUCUUCGCCCGCGUCGCUACGUCGGAUGACCUAAAUGCCAAUGUCUCGACCUUUGCAGCAGAGAUGCGGGAGAUGGCAUUCAUCCUUCGUAACAUCCAGCCACGCAGUAUGGUCAUCAUCGACGAGCUAGGCCGUGGCACUAGCACAACCGACGGCCUUGCCAUUGCCAUCGCCUUAGCGGAAGCACUAAUCUCCAGUAAUGCGCUGGUCUGGUUUGUCACGCACUUCCACGAGUUGGCACAGAUUCUUGCCGAGCGUAGCGGUGUGAUCAAUCUCCAUUUAGCAGCAGAGAUAUCAUCCGAUGCAUCCAAGAUGACCAUGCAGUACCGCAUUGCAGAGGGUCCUGUUCCAGAUCGUCGAUAUGGGCUUGUUCUCGCCAAGCUUGCUGACCUCCCACCUGCCGUCUUGAACAAGGCGCACUCCGUAUCAGAGGCAAUGGACCAGCUGGCUAAGCGCAGGAACAGCCCAUCGCGUGCUGUUGCUAUUGCCCAGAAGCGGAAGUUGCUAUUGUCUCUGCGUGAACAGUUGUUCCUUGCCCGUGACGGCACGAUGGAUAACGCUAGUCUUCGGGCUUUGUUGAUCAAACUGCAGGAUGACUUUGUGCUGCGCAUGACAGCCAUCAACAGGGAAAUGGAGUUGUACCCCAGUGAUGAAAGUGAGACGGAUGCUCCUACAAAAUCUGUUUCGAGCUUUUCCGUUCACACGCCUGAAACCCAAGCGUUGGGUUCGAGUGAGGCCAACAAAGUAAUGGACAGCACACAUGUGUCCGAGCCUCAUUGUGGUCGAAUCGAAUUCGCAUAG